AUGGCUAAUUCAUACACUGUUAUUGCUUAUUUGAGAGCUGGGAGAUGCUCCAACGCCGCGGAGGUCCUUCUUCUGAGAUUCUGGGAGGCCAGGAAGAUCAACAAAAGGGGGCAACUGAUGAGCGUGAUGUUAUUGAUUGAUGAGCAUAAAACGUGGGCUUAA